UCGCUGCUGUAGUUGGUUCUUCACUCUCUCCUGCUAUAUAUUUCCCUCUCCACACGUGCAGACUACCAGCAGUUGUCAACCUCUCCUCGUCUCAGACGCUGCUUUCCUCGGGACAUCCUGCCACUAACAGCUUUCUCACAAAGACCAUCUCCGGGUUGAAACAACCGGUGGGUAACUAAACAGUUAUUAGCUUCGCUGGAAGGCGGAACAAAUCACCAAGAAAACAAAAAAAAAAAAACCACCCAAAAAUGUUCCUGCAACAUCGGUCAUACUUCCUUGUGGGAGGGUUCAUGGUGUGCGUUCUCUGCCUCCUCCUCUUCACCUACCUCCUGCCAACCUACCGACACCGGCAUCAGCAUCUGUCUUCAGACGUGGAGUCUCAGCCGAGUAACAACGAGUCCAGAAUGUUCCAUGCCUUAGCAGACCCGCUGGGAUGCCCAGAAUGCACUUCAGCAUCGCAUGUGAGGGAACAGCGCAACACCUUAUCCAAAAUGCUGAACGAUUUAAAACGACAGCUGGGACAACUAGAGUGCGACAAGGCGAAACUACAAAACAAAAAAGAUGUGUCCAGCAGCGGUGGAUGGUGCAAAGAAGAAAGUGACCCUAAGGAAUCUAAAGCUCACAAGUUUGACCAGAAAAUGGCGGCUUCUCUCGGUCAGUUCCUGUCCGGCCAGCGUGUUGGAAGCUUUGGUGACGGUCCCGGAAAAUACAAGGAGUAUCUCCUCCAACAGGGCUGGUCGCCUCCUACGACGCCUACGACGGGGCCCCCUUCUGCGAACACGUCACAUCCGGGGCCGUCAAGUUCAUGGACCUGACGCUUCCUCAGUUCGGACUUCCGGUGUACGACUGGAUCGUCAGUCUGGAGGUGGCGGAGCACGUGCCUGCACGCUUCGAGGUCGUGCUGGUCGACAACCUCGCGCGCCACGCGCGGAAGGGCAUCGUCCUGAGCUGGGCACAUCCGGGUCAAGACGGGUUUCAUCACGUGAACAACAAGAGCCCUGAAGAUGUUAAACGCCUGCUGGACGAAGCUGGUUUCUAUUUACAUGACAACGACAGCUUGUCAUUAAAGAAAAGCUCAACAUUCUCUUGGUUUCGAGAAAAUAUCUUCGUGUUUAGAAGAAACUCGGAUGCCAGUCUAAAAGAAGACGAUGCAUAGUCAGGGAGUCAGGGACUCAUACUACAUUUAUUGGAAAAGUUUAAAGUCUCGUUAUGUCAACAUGAAGGAUGUACCUAUAUAUACUGAUGACCAUCAUUUUUGAGACAGGACAUUUAAAGACCUAGCGAGCUACAUUUUUUUUUUUUUAUUCUGUGAUUGGGUACAAGCUUAGUACAAAGUCUCACAUCACAAACUCUGGUUUUAAUUGCUCCUUUGUUCUUGAGAUACCAUGAUGCCUACAAUCAACACUAUGCACAGGUGGAAGUAAAAUUUGUGGAGACACGUGCAUGCACAGACAGGUCAUUAUAAUUUUAUAGUCCCAGCUUAUAGUUUAUAGUUUAUAUAGCUUAUAGCUUAUAGUCCCUGGCUGUAGCCUUGACUAAUUCAAGGUAUCCAUAGACAUUAAAAGGCCCACAUAAACUCAGAAAUAUAUAACACGUAUCCUGUGAAGCCAUCUGUUUUCUUUUUUUUUUUUUUUCUUUUUUCAGUGUCGAUUUUGAGCCGCAUUUAUGAAUCGUAGCUCCUGAGUUCACAUCUCAUCUUGGGACAUGUUGAUUGUCAUAAUUUUAAGUUUACACGUGGCUGCUGUUUAUUUUUUUUUCUUCUUCUUUUUCUUCUCAAAGACUUUCCGUUUUGAUGAUUAUUAGACAUUACUGUGAAUAUUUUUAUUGUGAUGUGGUCUGUAAUACUGGGUGUUUUGCCAAAACCAAAUUUUUGCCUUAAAUUCUGAGGGACAAAUAAAAAUAUCAGAAAUUUUA